UAAUUAUGAGAAUAUAUAAAAAGAAAUGUCAGGUAAGUUUCCUCAGGCACAAACAUCUGAAGCCUUCACCUCUGCUUCACCUUCGACCACGCCCCCCUCUGAAGUAUGACAACGUGACGUGCGUCGCCGUGACGUCAGGACUUCCGCAUUCGCCAUGUUUGUGUGAAGUUAAGCUAGCUGAAGGGUCAACCAUCGCCAUGGAGGGGACUCUCUGACCGCGGAGAAGCUGACAUAUGAACGUGAGGCUGUGCCCCCCAGGUGUGACCAUGCUGGCUCGUGUCUUCAGGCUCCACGGCCUGCUGGUGGCCUCCCACCCGUGGGAGGUGAUAGUGGGCACCCUCUCCCUCACCGUCUGCCUGGUGUCCAUGAACAACAACCUGGCAGCCAGCAGCCAGAUGUGCAGCUGGAAUGAGUGCCCCAAAGUGGAGGAGAAAAUCUACAGCAGUGACAUAAUCAUCCUCACGAUCACACGCUGCAUGGCCGUCGUUUAUAUCUAUUUCCAGUUCAAGAAUCUGCGACAACUGGGCUCCAAAUAUAUACUGGGUAUUGCUGGGUUGUUCACGGUGUUUUCCAGCUUUGUUUUCAGCACAGUGGUGAUUCACUUCUUUGGGAAAGAGCUGACGGGUCUUAAUGAAGCUCUGCCCUUCUUUCUCCUGCUCAUUGAUCUGUCCAAAGCCUGUGCAUUGGCCAAAUUUGCCCUCAGCUCGAACUCUCAGGAAGAGGUGAGGGAGAACAUCUCCCAGGGCAUGGCCAUCCUGGGCCCCACCUUCACCCUGGACGCUCUGGUUGAGUGUCUGGUCAUUGGGAUUGGCACCAUGUCAGGUGUGCCCCAAUUAGAGAUCAUGUGUUGUUUUGGCUGUAUGUCCGUUCUGGCCAAUUACUUUGUCUUCAUGACCUUCUUCCCUGCGUGUGUCUCCCUGGUCCUGGAGCUGUCCAGGGAAAGUCGUGAGGGCCGUCCGAUCUGGCAGCUGAGCCACUUUGCCCUUGUGCUGGCAGAAGAAGAGGACAACAAGCCCAAUCCUGUGACCCAGAGGGUUAAAAUCAUCAUGUCUCUGGGCCUGGCCUUGGUUCAUGCUCACACUCGACUAGCAGCGGAGCUUCCAGGUCAGAAUCGCUCUGCGGACGGACCCAUAGCAACGAGGCUGGACUCUGGUGGUACCAUGAGGCCUCUGAAGCUCACCAGCAUGGACCUGGAGCAGGUGAUUACUCUCGGUCUUGCCCUGCUCCUGGCUGUGAAGUACGUCUUCUUUGAGCAAACGGAGGCCGAGUCCUCGCUGUCCCUCAUGAGUCCCAUUACCAGCUCUCCUCCAACCCAGAAGCCCCGGGUGGCAGAGGACUGCUGCAGGAGGGACUUCCCGGUCCUGAAACCCCAGACAACCAAAAACAGUUCAUUAGCCUCCAGUCCUGCCUCGCCAGCCGUCUUAGACUCUAAACUUCCCCCUGAGACUGACGUGACUCUCAGAGAGAAGGCAGCCCCAGUGGAAAACGGCCCCUGUGUUUCAUGUUUUGGGGAGUCUGUUGAUCAGACGCCUUGUGUUCCUCAAACGAGUUGUAAUUCAGAGGCCCGGACGCUGGAGGAAUGUAUGGCCAUCCUCUCAGAUCCUCAGAGGGGGGCCCGCUUUCUAAGCAAUAAAGAGGUGAUGAACCUGGUGACCUCCCGUAACAUCCUGAACUACAAACUGGAAUCUGUCCUGGAGACUCCAGAGAGGGGCGUGUCCAUCAGGAGGGAAAUGCUUUCACCCAAUCUCCCUGUUCUCUCUGCUCUGGCUUCUCUUCCUUAUAAAGACUACGACUAUUCUAAGGUGAUGGGUAACUGCUGUGAGAACGUCAUUGGCUACAUGCCGGUUCCAGUCGGAGUGGCCGGUCCUCUCCUGUUGGAUGAGAGGCAGUUUCACGUUCCUAUGGCGACCACAGAGGGUUGCCUGGUUGCCAGCACCAACAGAGGAUGCAGGGCGCUUUCUCUGAGCGGGGGUUGCCACAGCAGGAUCCUGGCUGACAGUAUGACCCGGGGUCCUGUGGUGAGGCUGCCCUCGGCGUGCCGGGCUGCAGAGGUCAAAGUCUGGCUCGAGACCUCGGAUGGGUUCAGCGUGAUCAAAGAGGCUUUCGACAAAACCAGCAGGUUUGCUCGUCUGGAGAAGCUGCUGGUGGGCUUAGCUGGGAGGAACUUGUACAUUCGCUUCCAGUCUCAGACAGGAGACGCCAUGGGCAUGAACAUGCUCUCCAAGGGGACGGAGAAGGCUCUGCACCGACUCCGUCAGCAGUAUCCAGAUGUGGAGGUGCUGUCGGUCAGCGGCAACUACUGCACCGACAAGAAGUCUGCUGCCAUUAACUGGGUCCUGGGUCGGGGGAAGUCCGCUGUGUGUGAGGCCACCAUCCCCGCCGACGUGGUCCGGGAGGUGUUGAAAAGCAGCUCAGCGUCUCUGGUGGAGCUGAACAUCAACAAGAACCUGGUGGGCUCGGCCAUGGCCGGCAGCAUCGGGGGCUUCAAUGCUCACGCUGCCAACAUCGUAGCAGCCAUCUACAUCGCCUGUGGACAGGACCCGGCUCAGACUGUGGGGAGCUCCAACUGCAUCACCCAGAUGGAGGCUGCUGGUCCAGAAGGGGAGGACCUGUACAUCAGCUGCACCAUGCCCUCCAUCGAGCUGGGCACCGUGGGAGGAGGCACCAACCUGGCUCCACAGCAGGCCUGUCUGCAGAUGCUCGGUGUCCAGGGUAGCAGCUCCGGUGAGCCCGGUGAGAACGCCCGUCAGCUGGCCCGAGUGGUGUGUGGCACCGUGCUGGCGGGGGAGCUCUCCCUGAUGGCCGCUCUAGCAGCCGGACACCUCGUCAAGAGCCACAUGGCCCACAACAGAUCCAAAACAAACCUGCCAGAAGCACCUUUGUCGAAGUCGGAGACGGCAUAUUGACAUAAAACGACGGCGACCUUUCGUCAGACGCUAAACUAACAGAAGACGACGGCACGGUGAGGACUGAGAGGACUCAAUGGUCUCCUGGUGACGAGGUUCUGAAGGAAGAUCUGCGAGACGAUGAAGACCACAGCCGACGUGAGCUCUCCUCGCGUGUCGAACCCUAAAAGACGUGAAGAAGAUGUGACGUUGAGGUUCCUCGUUUGUGCCGUUUGCCUGUAACUGAACAUUUUCGUUGUUGGAACUGACUGAACUAUCCACGUGGUUUGGAUUAUAAAAAACACGCCAUGCUGCAAAGUGAACAGCUAUCCUGUGUGCCUAUUCAUGAAGCAAGCUCUUCAAACAGCUAUAACAUGUUUUGCUCUGAGAAAAUUUGAUCCUUGCACUGGCCAAAAAGCUCGCUUGAGACUACGCCGUUACUGCCGUUGGUGAUAUUUGGUCAUGUUUUAAAAAAAAUGCCAACUCCCUGCCUGAAUGUAUGCUGUGCUAAAUCAGUAUCACUUGCACAACCCUUUAUUGAUGUAAGCUCCUGUAUACUGUGUAUACUGCAGAACGACUGGGGCUCCAGGAAUGAGAAAAAAAUAAAAAGCUCCUGCUCACAAAGUGACGUGUUUGAACACUUCGUUACAGGCAGGUUGCUUUCUAAGAAAACUAUAAACUCAAAGCCAUAUUAACUUAUUUAAUAAACUUUCAUGGCACACUAUUAAAUGUGCAGAUGAGGAAUGUUUGGAGGAUUUUUUGGCGUGGAGAGUUAAAGGUGGUUAGCAUGUUCUAGAUAGAAUAUUCAAUUCUAAGAUAUUAACUUAAAAGAUUGUAUUAUGUUCUUUUUGUCUGUUAAGAGAAUUAAAUUAUGUUCCAUCUUAACGUCUCGGUUGACUUUCUGUAACAUGAACAAGUGUCUCAAAUCGUGGAAAAAAGGAGGAUAAACAUUUAUUUCACUUUUACUUUAUUUCUAUUUAAAGAACGAAAGUGUGACUUUAUAUGAUUUUUUGUUAAAUUACUUUUUCGUUACAAUCUUCAAAAUCCUGUAGUACUUUUUUACAGUUACCCUUUUUGAGUACUGACUUUUUCCGACAUAUUAUACUAUGACACUAUCCUAAACUAUGACAUAUUUACAACAGUAUACUAUGAAUGAAAUUACCUUUAAAUGAAUUAAACUACGUUCCCUCUUAAAUAU